AUCACGUGACCGCCCUCCUCCCACGUGACGGCGGAGAGAAUGUCACCCGCUCCGCUUUAGUAGUAAUAAGGUGGGCGUGGCGGGGUCACGGGGGCGUUGUGCUCCGACAAUCAUUACGUCAUCGGACUCCGGCACUGGGACGGGAAAGAGAUCGGUGUAGAUCGUACACAGCGGAGCCGAGGAUGAAGGUGUCGUGUGAGGCCAAAGAAGGGGGCUCUCUGUGCCGGGCCUGGAAGCACAUGUCCUGGCUCUACUACCAGUACCUGCUGGUCACCGCGCUCUACAUGCUGGAGCCCUGGGAAAGGACCAUCUUCAAUUCCAUGUUGGUCUCUAUUGUUGGAAUGGCCCUGUAUACAGGAUAUAUAUUUAUGCCUCAGCACAUCCUUGCAAUUUUGCACUACUUUGAGAUUGUUCAAUGACCCAGAAGAGCCUUGCUUGGCAAGGGUUUUGAGGACAGAGCGAUAACAUUGCGGGAUUUCAGGCAUCGGACAAGGAACCAAAAGAUGGCACCAGUGCUUGAGCCUGCCAAGACGGCCUAGAUGGAAGGUGCAGGAUCUCCAGCGGAGCAGCCGUGAUCUUACUCCAAUCAAUGAGGGCACUUAGAAGCUCCUUCUAAAUUUCCGACCACCAUUAUUCCAGCUAGUCUUGUUAACUAAGAGUUCUGCAACACAUUGCCUUUCUCGCAGGGUUUAUGGCAGUAUUUUUGUUGUGUAUUUUGUAAUAACAGCAGCUAUUUUUUAAUAUUGCACUGUAUAUGUAUUGUAUUUAGUUGCUUAUUUUUAAAAAUGGCAGAUCACGAUUUGUAUAUAGCAGUGCUAGUUGGCUUUGUACACAAUUUCCUCUUUUGUGACUGAAACACUUCUCACUUGUACAUCUGUUGUUGUAAUUACAAUUUUGAAUGUUGACACUUUAAACUUUAAUUUGUUUUCACAACAAACUAAAAUGCAAAUAGAUGUUUUCAGCAUAAAUAAAUCUUUUUCUCUUUUUCGACCUCCUAAA